GGACGGGCGCCGGGGGGCCGCGGCUCCUCAGACCGAGCUGGGCAUCAGCUGCACCCGUACGGACCUCUGCAGACCCCCAGCGCACCGAGCCCGGACCCAUGAGGCCGGACCCCGCCCGCAGGUGAACUCUGUCCAGGUGCAGCCUCCCUCAGAGAUGGCUCUGUUGCUCCACGGGACACUCCUUUGCACAGCGGUCCUCUGCUUCCUUCCAUCCAGCACCUCCUCCCUCAGUGAUGAAGAUCCCAACGUCUGCAGCCACUGGGAGAGUUACUCCAUGACGGUGCAGGAGACCUACUCCCAUCCUUACGAUCAGGUUUUCUACACCAGCUGCUCAGACAUCCUGAGCUGGUUCAAAUGCACCACUCACAAAACCAGCUAUCGGAUAUCAUAUCGCAGCAGAGAGAAGAUCAUGUACCGCAGGAAAUCCCAGUGCUGCCCAGGCUUCUAUGAAAAUAAAGAUGUGUGCACUCCUCGUUGCACAGAGAGCUGUGUUCACGGCCGCUGCGUGGCCCCCAACAGCUGCCAGUGUGAGCCAGGCUGGGGGGGCUCCAACUGCUCCAGCGCCUGUGAUAGCAGUCACUGGGGUCCACACUGCAGCAACAGAUGUCAGUGCCAGCAUGGAGCGCUUUGCAACCCCAUUACUGGAGCUUGUGUCUGCAGCCCGGGCUACAGAGGCUGGCGCUGCGAGUCCCACUGUGGAACCGGCACCUACGGCAAUGGCUGCCAGCAGAAGUGUCAGUGCCAGAACGGAGCAUCCUGUCACCAUGUGACCGGAGAGUGCACGUGCUCAGCCGGAUACACCGGAGCUUUCUGUGAGGACCUGUGUCCUCCUGGUAAACAUGGACAGCAGUGCGAGGAGAGAUGUCCCUGUCAGAAUGGGGGAGUGUGUCAUCACGUGACUGGAGACUGCUCCUGUCCUGCCGGAUGGAGGGGGACGGUGUGUGGUCAACCGUGUCCAGAGGGACGGUUUGGUCUGGACUGCUCCCAGGAAUGCCAGUGCCACAAUGAUGCCGUUUGUUUGUCGACAUCCGGGGAGUGUCUCUGCCGUGAGGGAUACACCGGAGAGCGGUGUCAGGACCAGUGCCCUGUGGGGACCUACGGUGCCGGCUGCACAAAAUCAUGUAGCUGUGAGAACAACAGCAAGUGCGACCACAAGACUGGAUCAUGUCUUUGUGAGCCGGGCUUCAUGGGAGAAUCCUGCCACGUCCGUUUUUGUCCCGAAGGCCACUUUGGCCUGCACUGUGGCAGGAAGUGUCCGUGCCACCUCCCGAACACUCGCAGCUGCCACCCGAUGACCGGGGAGUGCACGUGCAGACCCGGUUGGUCGGGUCUGUACUGCAAUGAGACAUGUUCUCUGGGAUUCUACGGCGAGUCGUGCAAAGAAGUGUGCCAGUGCCAGAACGGAGCCGACUGCCACAGCGUGACCGGGGAGUGUACCUGUGCUCCAGGCUUUACGGGUCACAGGUGUUCCACUCCAUGCCCGGCGGGCUCCUAUGGACUGAGCUGCUCAUCCAGAUGCUUUUGUAAGAACGGAGCUCGCUGCUCACCUGUGGAUGGAUCCUGCUCCUGUGCACCAGGCUGGCAUGGGGUGGACUGCUCCAUCAGCUGCCCCAGCGGGACAUGGGGGCUGGGCUGCAACCUCACCUGUGCAUGUGCCAACGGGGGCUCCUGCAGCGCGUUGGACGGCCGCUGCACCUGUGCUGCUGGCUGGAGAGGAGAGAGGUGUGACCUGCGCUGUCAGGACGGCACCUAUGGUCUGGACUGCAGGGGGCGCUGCGACUGCAGCCAUUCUGAUGGGUGUCACCAUUCAACCGGCCACUGCCGCUGUCUGCCCGGAUGGACCGGGAUCCACUGUGACAGCGUGUGCGCCGAGGGCCGCUGGGGGCCCAACUGCUCCACCCCCUGCAAUUGUAAGAACGGAGCAUCCUGCUCUCCAGAUGAAGGAACCUGCGAGUGUGCUCCAGGAUUCAGAGGCACCACCUGUCAGAGGAUCUGCUCUCCAGGUUACUUUGGUCACCGCUGCAGUCAGACCUGUCCUCAGUGCGUCCACAGUAACGGGCCGUGCCACCACGUCAGUGGACACUGUGACUGUCUGCCUGGUUUCAGGGGGGCGCUGUGCAAUGAGGUGUGUCCCAGUGGCCACUUUGGGAAAAACUGCGCCUCGACCUGCCACUGCACCAACAACGGCACCUGCAACCCCAUCGACGGCUCCUGCCAGUGCUACCCAGGGUGGAUUGGCAGCGACUGUUCCCAGUCCUGUCCACCCGGAUCCUGGGGACCCAACUGCAUCCACACCUGCACCUGCCACAACGCCGCGGGCUGCAGUGCCUAUGAUGGAGAGUGCAAGUGCACCCCUGGGUGGACGGGUCUCUACUGCACUCAGCGCUGUCCUUUGGGUUUCUAUGGGAAGGAAUGCUCUCAGAGCUGCAGGUGCAGAAACGGUGCAGACUGUGACCACAUAUCUGGACAGUGCACGUGUCGCAUCGGCUUCAUGGGACUACACUGUGAACAAAAGUGUCCUCCUGGCUCCUAUGGUUAUGGCUGCCGCCAUGUCUGUGACUGCCUCAAUAACUCCACGUGUGACCACAUGAGUGGAACGUGCUACUGCAGUCCCGGCUGGAGAGGCGCUCGAUGCGACCAAGCCGCUGCAGUGGUGGUGGGCGACCUCAACAGUUUGACCAGUGUAGCCAUGCACAUGGACACCUACCAGAUAGGAGUCAUCACAGGAAUCAUUGUCCUGGUUCUGCUGGUGCUCCUCCUCCUGCUCCUCUUCAUCAUGUAUCGAAAGAAGCAGAAGAGCAAAGAGCCCACCAUGCCGCCUGUCAGCUACACAUCAGCAGCCCGGGUCCCACCUGAUCAUCUAGUGGCAGACACCCCGACCAGCGAGGUCCAUCCGAGUUACUUCUCCAACCCCAGUUAUCACACGCUGACUCAGUGCAUGGGCCCGCCGUACGUCACCGGUGCCUCGUAUGGGAAGACCAAAUUUGGCCAGCCAUCUGCUGGCACAAAGAGCCUGGACCAGAGAAAACCAGUCCAGUUUGUGGCUCCCACUGGCCCUCUGAGUGCUGAAUGGAAUCAAGGGGACUACAUGGAUGACCUGGGAGCUUAUGGAGUGCAAAGAGGACACCCUGGAAAGUCUUUAAGAGACCUGGCGAAAGGUGCCGCCUAUCAUGCCAGCACAUGCUCCCUAAGCAGCUCGGAAAAUCCAUAUGCCACAAUCAAGGACCCCCCUCUGCUGACAGCCAGAGGGACAGAAUGUGGCUAUGUGGAGAUGAAAUCUCCAGCCAGAAGGGAUUCAGCGUAUGCUGAAAUAAGCAACAGCAGCUUGUCCAACAAUCGCAAUGUCUAUGAAGUUGAGCCAACAACCAGCACCAGCCAGUCCUGUGGAGACAGUAGCAGCGUCCUGCAGUUUGGACAGGAGCCAUAUGAUCUACCAAAACAUAGCCACAUCCCCUGUCACUAUGACCUCCUUCCUGCCAGAGAUAGUCCCUCCUCCGAGCUGCAGGAGCCAGGCAGUGAAUGAAGUCAGACUUGGACCCGGGACCCGUUUUACCUUCUUGUAUCACUCCACAGCAGAUCUCCUCUUCUUUUCUUUUUGUAAUCUCCAAGACUUUCACUGUUUUAUAUUCUGACUGAAAGGAGAAGCAUCUGUGUUGCUAGUAUGUUUUAAUAACAGCUGCUGUAGCAGCAUCUUUUCACUCGUGCAGGCAGGCGGCCUCAGUAUCCCUUUGACAAAGCACUACUAACAAAGACAGGCUUCAUUUCAGCCCCUCAGUGUGCCUCUGAAAAGCUCCCUCAACAUCCUUUACCUGUGCCGUGUCUCAUCACAUCAGGACAGGACUGAUCAGAUGUUUUCUGCUCUGGAGAUGAGAAGCAGGCUGUAAAAAAAUGAAGUUUCAGAUUCUGAACAUGCAGCAUACGGAAGCUUUCUGAACACUGCAUGUAAUAUUCAGCACUGAUCAGAUCUCUAUUUUUAUUACUGUUUAUUUUAUUAUUGGUAUUGUGCUGAUUGUUUGAGUUUAUGUGUUUGUAUUAAAGAUGAAAUGGAUUGUUUCAGUAAGAAA